AUGACUAAAUCAACAACGAAAUCAACGUGCACGCGAUCAUUCUCCUUUGUGAAAAAGAAUCAAGAAGCUUCUAUCUUACUGUCGAACCAUAAGGCUUUAGAAAUUGAAGUGCAACGAUUGCGAGAAGGAUCACCGCAUAUUGUAGCAGAUGUGUAUUAUAGUAUUAUGACAACGGAAAUGGAGCAGGUUGCUUGUGACACUGCAGUUCAAGCAAUGAAGAAUUAUCAAACUGAGCAAUUGAUAGCAAAAUUUAUGAAAGAAACAUUCGAUAAGAUAUAUGGAAAAGCUUGGCAAUGCGUCUGUGGGAAGCAUUUUGGCUCCUACGUAACGUUUGAACCUGAUAGUUUCAUUUAUUUCCGUAUAGGAGCUAUGGCUUUUAUUUUAUUCCGAGCGAUUGAGAUAUCUACAGAUCCAUCGCCUGCAUCAUAG